AUGAAGGUCAUAAAGGUUGGGAGUAAUUCACAGAGCAGAGUUGCCCAGGCUUGUGACCGAUGCCGGAGCAAGAAGAUUCGAUGUGAUGGAAUCCGGCCAUCGUGCUCGCAGUGCACAAAUGUCGGCUUCGAGUGCAAGACCAGUGACAAGCUUAGCAGGCGAGCAUUCCCCCGCGGAUAUACCGAGUCCCUGGAGGACCGAGUACGGUCUCUAGAGGCUGAAGUACGGGAGCUGAAGUCCCUUCUGGAGGAAAAGGAUGAACGGAUAGAUGUUCUCACCAGGCUUCAGUCGUUUUCACUCUCAUCACAAAAGGCGAAUCCCUCUCCGGUGUCGAACAUCUCAACCUCGCCGGCUGGCUUCUAUCCACGGCCGCCCCAGACGUCACGGAAUGAGGGUGAAGACCUCAUAUAUGUCCAGCAGUCGGCACGCUCUCUCACAAAGCCCUCUGAGGAUUCACCCUUCACCGGGCAUUCCAGCACACGAGCUUUCAUAGAGGCAUUUUCUGCUCGCCUCGAAAGAAGUGGCAGGUCUACAACCACAGCCCUGGCAGACGUCUUGCUCUCCCCGCCGUCACUGAAUGCGCGAAGACACGAGGACAUCACUCCGUCCAAAAUCCUUCCUCGUUUGGUGUCGGAUCGACUCUUGAACAUCUUCUUCCAGGAAUGGGCUCCAUUGUACCCCAUCGUACACCGUCCAGCAAUCCUGAAACUAUACAGCAGAUAUACCACGAACCCCGACUCUAUCGAAGCAGACCAUCACGCCUUUGCACAGCUGAACUUGAUUUUCGGCAUUGCUGCCAUCUCAUCCACGUCUCGCGUGCCACAAGAUCCUCUGUUCUUUGAACGGCAUUGGAUACCGAAGCUGAAGCUUCUUGCCAGUGACAUAUCACUAACCACGCUUCAAUGUUAUGUUCUUGCACAAGUUUAUUAUUCCGUGAAAGCAGAUUAUCGAAGUCUCCUUCAUUACAGGGGUCUCGGGGUUUCCAUCUGUCUGCAACUAGGCCUUCACCAAAGCCAAGAGAGAUUCUCACUAAAUCCGCUGGUAAGCGAGACGCGAAAGAGGGUAUUCUGGUGUCAAUAUACACUUGACAGAUUUGGCGCUGCUUUGACGGGAUUGCCCGUAUUGUUAUCUGAAUCAGACAUCUCGACCGAGUACCCAGCGGAUGUCGACGAUGAAAAUGUCACUGAAACGGGCUUCGUCCCAACCAUUCCAGAGGAUCCAACGAGAAUGUCGUCCGCCCUGGCCUUGUUCUCUGUCUCGCGUAUCCUUCACCGGGUGUUGGAAGACCUAUAUCCUUCUCCCACAGGCUAUGAGAUUUCCCUUUCCACAGUGCACUCAUUGGCGGAGGAAUUGGACGAAUGGCUGAAGAAGCUUCCUGCCCACUUGCAACUUACAUUUCUUCUGGACAAGCCCGAUGCCUCAGUGGCAAGCGGCCGAUCAAUAUUGCUGUCAACUGUGUAUUACUUCAUUCGCACCCUCAUCCGCAGGCCUGCGGUCUCAUUUGGCUCAUCCGAUAGCUCAUCGCCAUCGAUGCUCUCCCUUGUAGACUCAGCCAAACACAUCAUCCAACUCCUCAGACUCCUUGAAGACCGAAGAAUGAGCCUUUCAUUAUGCAUGAACAAGCGCGAACUGAUCCUGAUUUCUGGCAUCGGCCUGCUAUGGCAAAACCUGCAUCUAGGCAGGGAUAGCAAGCUAGUCAAAGAUGCACAGAAGAGUCUCACGACAACCGUCUCGCUGCUAGAAAAUGAAUCUAUCGAGGCGGCGGUAGAGUUCAGCUCGCUGAUACACCUGAUAUCGGAGGUUGACAAGCCAAUGCCGGACCGGAGUGGCGGUGUCCCAGAAUACAUGUCAAAGCUGAAAAGGGCUCGUUUAUCCUUCUCUUCCGAGCCCGGUGUGUCUACGCCUGCCCGGGAUGAGCUUCGAAAGGCAAACGCCAGGCCAUCGUCGCCUAAGCUGCCACGCAGUGUUCGAUCUUCGAGCUCACAUAGCAACAGCUCCUGUGAACAACGAGACCAAAUGCACCAUCAACAGCAGGCCCAAGCCCGGUUUCACUCUAAUCAGCCCCCGCCCCUAGACAGAUCCGUGAGUCUAGGCUACGUCCCACAUCCUAUGAAGAAGGAUGACAAGAAGCAGAUGCAGCCAGGCUAUAACCCCCAGGUGGGCAUACCUGAGUGGGAACACGUCCUUACUGACAUUGACAAUGGACAUGCAAAUUUAUUCACAGGGAUAUAUGGUGGUAGCGAAUGCGGCCAGGCUUCUGCAGCAUUCGCUACCCUUGGCUCGAACUAUGCUCCAUCCCAACAGUCAACGCCAGCACUUAGCAUACCUGUUUUGCACUCAUCACCAGAUAGCAUGCACGGCUGGCCACAGGAACCUUGGAACGCGGCACCACGAAAUCCUAUCCCGCGUAGCCACCCUAGUCAAAAUGGCGCCAAUCCAGCGAAUGGGGGUGCGCCUUCAGAAUCUCCAUCAGCGUAUAAUGACGGCAGAAACCUAGAUAUGAGGGACCAGCAUAUGGCGCACACAAACGCUCAUGAUGCCAAUGCCCAGCCUAACGGCCAUAUUAACACCUGUGCACCGCCGUUGAAUCCGUUCGAAGCCAUCGUUAUGCCGCAUAACCUCGAUUCCAUGCAGGGAACGGCUAACUUCAACGUUACUGUCCCUAGUACUUGGGGUCAGCCUUCAGUAAUGUGA